AAUGAGACAGUAUAAAGUCUUACACAAACCUAUACAUAGGAUUACGAUGUAUUAAGCUGUUUCAAAAUCUGUAACAUCCAUUCAGAGGGGUAAGAUAAUGAUUAUUUAAUAACUUCUGUUAGUGAGAUAGAAAACAAUAGACUAUCAAAUGAUGUGUUAACAAGCACUGGUUGGACAGAAAGACCACACAUAAAGACCUAGGGAAAAGUAAAGAAAGCAAAACAGGAAAAACAAAGAUUUAGUGAAAAGACAAAGUACUUUUUUCUUCUCAGCAGGAAAUGGAAAUUUGCAGAACAGUAAUCUUAACAGGCAAGAGUGCACAGCAAAUUAGACCAACUAACAUAGCAGGAAGGACUGAGAUCUUUGGGCUAGGCAUAGCAUGAAACAGACGUACUUUUCUGUAUGACAAGCACAGCUGCAACAUGCUACUUUGUUCCAGGAAAGUUGCUAAGAAAGUAAGUGCUGAGAGGCUGCAAAGUAGGGAACGCUGACUAUGGAAAAACGGAAAUAGUUUUAUCUGUGUGUUUUGGCUGUAUAAGCACUAAGCAGACAUGUUAGUGCUAUGUGUCUAGGAAAAAGAAAUACUUGCCACAUGAAAGAAAAUGUAAUAUCAAAUUAAAGUUUUUACUUAGUCUCUGCAGCACAGAAUUUCUGAACUUAGGUACACUUCUAUGAAAAAUGAAAACAGUGUUGCUUAGUACAGAUUUUUUUCCUACUAAAUAAAAUGAACACUGGCAAGAAAGCAAAUGGAACAGAAGACUUUUUCCAUUCUUAAACUUUUGCUGCUUUUAUAGUGCGUUUAAAAUGUUGCACUGAAUAAUGAGGUUACUUCAAAGCUACUCUCGAACCAGACAUCCCACAACAUCGCAAACAAUGACACUGCUCAAGUGAUAGAUUCCAAAUCUUUUAUUUCCAAUUAUGGAUUUUCAUUACAAAAACUACAAGUCCCUUGUCUACAAACAAUAUGAUCAAGAGAGACAUUAGAGAGACUGGCCACUCUCUACAUUUGCUGCGUUCUCCUGGGGACAGAGGAAAUGCUGUGAAGAGCUAUAUGAAGUAAUAAUGGAAGAUGACAACACUUAAAGCUUUACUAUCUGAUCACUCUGACAGUGAAACAGUGUCUGCUUGGGGAGGACCCUAACUCAUAGAUCUGCUCUCCCUCCAGAAAUAACAAGAGGCUACACAGCACUUCAUCUCAUACUAAAUUUACCUAGUACUUAUAGAGCUGGGACAUCCACUUCAGGCAAAUUUCAGAGAGAUCAGCAAACUUGACAGCAUAUUACAGAAAAGUGUCUCUGUAUCUUGCAUACUGUAAUGUAUCAGACAGAUCCUGAAAUGAGUAAUUACAAAUACGACCAUCUGCUACAUUCAGGCCAGCAAUCUGAUGAUGCCUUUCCACCUAUACGCAUUCUUUUUGAGUAUUGUCUCAACAUAAAGGACACUGCCAAGUCUGGCUGGACACCUCUUCACAUAGCUGCAGGAUCACUAAACACUGAGGAAAUAGCAGCUUUAAUCGCAUGUGGAGCAAAUAUUAAUUCUGCUAUUCCAAUUUGUGGGAGAACUGCCCUUCACAUUGCAGUGUGUGCAGCAUCAUCUAAAGCAAGCAGAAUUUUAGGUGUCAACACAGAUUGCAUCCAUUUACUGUUAAGUAACGGAGCCAGUGUAAAUAUCGAAGAUCGUGAAGGACGAACAGCUAUUCACGAGGCCUGCUCAGGUGGCAGAAAGGAAAUAGUUGAUCUCCUGUUAGAGUAUAAGGCAGACGUGAAUACUUUAACAAGAGAUGGACAAUCUCCACUCUUCUCAUUUCUUCAGCGCAGACCAAAUUUGAAAGAUACAGCGCUGUUGAACAAGUUGCUGGGAUUCUCCUAUCCAUUGAAGUUAACAGAUAAUCACGGACAACUACCCGCCGGACUUCUGUUCCCAGAAUUCCAAGCAUUGAAAGACUUCCUUUUAACAUUAUCACAGAAAUUACUGUCCCUGCAGGAUAUCUGCAAAAUCACUGUUAGAAGAAUGUAUGGCGAAAACAACAAGCAUUGGCUCAAAAAUAGGCUUCCAGUAACUGUAUGGGAUUCUUUAUACAACUACCAGGAGUUUGGAAAAUACAGCCAUGACAACGCUAAACAGGAAAGCAAACUGAAAAACUGUUAACCCAGAAACAGCCCAUAGAAAAUUAAAAUUGAUCCAGGAUGAA